UUAAAUUCCAUGCGCCCAGGAAAUGUUCUACACCGCAAAUUACCAACCUCUCUUCGUCUGAUGCGAGGCGGACCAACACUGUGGGCCGGGUCCCAUUUAUAGCCGCUGGCCCUGUUAUUCUUGCACCUCCCUACACCGCGUGCGCUGUUUCCGAGAGGAGAAGAAGGAGAACGACGGUCCUCCACCGCCAGUGGUGGAAGAAGGAAGAUGAUGUCGGGCGGUGGCUACACCUCCAUCGACAACCAGAAGGUCCCCGGAUCCGUUCCGGCCGUCUCCGGUGCGGAUCAUGUCACUGUCAAAUUCGCAGAUUCCAGUCUCCAGACAUUUCCGCCUUCUGAGGCCCAGGGCAAGAUCUCCGCCGUCUUCAGACCCCCUUCCGAUGCCGACGAUACGUUCUCGAAGCCGGCACGGGGGAGCUCCGAUGAGUCGCAACCGACGGGGUGGAUGCACAAGUUCACGGUGGGAGCCUACAAGCCGUACUUCGAUGUCGACACGUCGGAUGUCUUAGAGAGGAUCAGAGACUCCCUCUUCUCUUUCAAAGGGAGUUUUACUGAGAAGACGGCUGACAAUCCGGACUUGUAUGGUCCAUUCUGGAUAUGCACCACUUUGAUAUUUGUAGCAGCAUCUAUUGGCACAUUUGUUACGUACUUGGCGCACAAGUUGCAGAACAAAGACUGGAACUAUGACAUUAACCUGGUUACAUGGUCUGCUGGUUUGUUUUAUGGUUAUGUUACCUUUGUUCCUCUUGGACUGUACAUCAUUCUAAAGUACUUCUCAGCACCAUCUGGGCUUGUUCAACUGUGGUGUCUGUAUGGAUACUCUCUAUUCAUAUUCAUUCCUGCCUUGUGCCUCUCUAUUGUACCGGUAGAGAUCUUCAGAUGGGUGAUUGUUGGUGUUGCAGGGUUCAUGUCAGCAACUUUUGUUGCUCUUAAUCUCCGUACCCACAUUAAAUCAGCUGGCGAGAGAUGGUUUUUCAUUGUGGCUGGGAUAUUUUUGUUGCAAUUGGCCCUUGCUGUCAUACUGAAGCUCUAUGUUUUUACGAGCAGCCCAUACGGGAGCAGGUCUCUUCUGUGAUGCAGGCGUAUCUAUCCAGCUCUGAUAUUCGAUCCUGUCCUAUCCCAAAGGGAGAUCAGCAGGGCCAGAUCUCGCCGGGUUCUCUGUUGUUCGGGAGUGGGAAGGAGUUGUCCAUGUUGUUUGAGAGUGGGAAGGUGUUAUUUAUCAUUUUGCACCUCAGAAUGUAUUAUAACCUUGUCACUCAACAAGGUUGGAUACCAUCACAUCGCACUACUUUUCUUUGUUUUGUUGAGGCUGGCUACAUGAAGAAGCCUUAGUAUAAGGACAUCAAUCUUGACCGUCCAAACCACAUUACUAG